AUGACCCUAUACGCCUACGUGCUCGUUUACCCGGAGAGCAGUAAAACCCCAGCCCACUGGGCCAUUUUCGUGACCGCGACAGAGGAGGGCAAAGUUGGGCAGGAAUUUCAAGCUAUUGGCAGCCCGUUCCAUGGCUAUUCUCUCGACAUUAAGGAACAGUUUGAUCUCAGCAAGGAGUUCAAGAUGCAUGUGCUCGUCUUUCUCGGCUGGCACUCUCGGCUUGCUGGAGUCGCGCAGGGUAUUCCAGCGCCUGGGAUAAGUUCAACCCCUCUAGAUCCGUUUGCCGGACCGGCGUAUAUACUGAUUGAUUUCAUGCUUAAUGAAAAUUGCCAAAGCUGGGCCAGGAAAUUCAUUACGGCCCUGGUCGACCGAGGAGCGAUGGAUUCUUCUGCGCUAGAAAGACUUGCCGCUGCUCCUAGUGUAUAG